CUCUUCAUAGCUCUUCAAACGUACUGGAGUACUGAUUUAAGAUAGUGGCUCUUUUUAUAAGAUAGAGUUCAUUUAUUCAACAGAUGUACUAAAUUAACCAUGCGCAUUAGGAUACAAAAAAUAAACACACUUUUAUAACUAAGCUUUACUGGCAGGAGAUUAACAAAAGUACUGUAGCGUACAUUGAGAUGUUUUAGCUGUGAGUGAAAAUAGUAUGAUACGAUCAUGUUAAUACAUAUACUGGAAUAUGAAAUACUGUAUUUAGCAAAGUUAAGUAGUUUGCUUUGUGCAUAAAGUGUACAAUCUAAAGACACAGCAGAAUGGAUUUUAAAAGGGCUUCAUUCGACGAGAGGAACACCAAUAUUAUCAGGAGUAAGCUGCAGUUGUCUCGGCAGGUUUACACACAAGAUGACUACGAUCGAACCUACCCCAUCCCAGACCGUCCGAAGUUCAGUAUUGUUCGGACACUCAAGACGAACUGCACAUGUACAGUUGCGGACAUAAUCGGAAUCGUAUUCUCCUACUUUCCGGUAAUUGUUUUUGCUAGAAAAUAUAGAAUAAAGGAAUACAUCCUUGGCGAUUUCAUCGCAGGAUUGACAGUCAGUUUCCUGCAUCUACCAUUGGCAAUGGCCCUCGGUAUUUUAGCUUCUUUACGACCGAUCCAUGGCCUUUACAGUACAUUCUUCUCUGUUCUCGUUUACAUGAUAUUUGGAACAUCCCCUCACAUAUCUAUCGGUUCCAACGCCAUAAUGGCACUGCUCACCGCCACAGUAGUUGAUCGCGAGGCAGACGCUUUUACUGCCGCUCGUCGGGCUGCUAACGAAUCUAUACCGACUGACGACGAACUUAUGGAGGUAAAGAUCAAGACAUCGAUGGCUUGCUGUCUUCUUGCAGGAUUAAUCAUGAUGGGUAUGAGUCUUCUCAAACUUGGUGUCAUCACAACAUGCUUCUCUGUUUCGUUUGUUGGGGGGUUUACAACUGCCGCGGCUUUUCACAUUGCAUCAAGUCAAAUACCGAAAGUAUUUGGGAUUAAAGUGCAAACGUUUGAAGGCGCUGGGAAGCUAGUUCGAAUGUACAUAGACCUUUUCAGUAAAAUUGCACAAACAAACGUUACAGAAGUUAUAAUUGCAAUUGUGUGUAUGUUAACUUUGUUAUUUGUAAAAAUUUGCAUCAACGAAAGGUUCAAAGACAAGAUGAAAAUUCCCGUUCCAAUCGAUCUCAUCGUCGUUAUUUCCGUUACAAUAAUAUCUCAUUUUGCAAACUUCAAAGACGUAUUUGGUGUGAAAGUUGCCGGUGAGAUACCGAGUGGUUUUACCCGACCAGCUCUGCCAUGGUUACGGAAUGCCGGAAGUUUCGUCAGUGACGCUUUUGUUAUGGCAAUCCUGUCCCUCACAAUGAGCAUCUCCAUGGCGAGGUUAUGUGCCAACAAACACGGAAUUCCUAUUGACGAUAACCAGGAACUAUUUGCCUACGGGGCAAGUAAUUUUGUGUCAGGAUUCUUUCAUAGUUUUCCCUCUGCAACUGCUCUUCCACGAACAAUGAUUCUAAGUACCCUCGGGGCCAGAACCACACUAAAUGCCAUACCUACAUCUGUGUUUAUACUGCUUGUUAUUUUGGUUAUAGGACAGUUAUUUGUGUCACUUCCUUUAUCGGUGCUAGCAUCCAUGAUCAUCAUAGCCAUGAAGGAUCUUUUGUUGCAGUACAAAAACUUGCCACUUAUUUGGAAAAUUAACAAAUACGACUUCGUUAUCUGGGUUGUGACAAACUCCGUUAGCCUUCUUGUUGACUUGAAUUAUGGAAUCGUGGCUGGAGUAGGGAUUUCCAUUUUACUUGUUAUUCUUCGAGAUCAUUAUGCCAUCGGUAAGAUAUAUGCACGGGCAUCAAAUGAAGAUAUCCUAGUCAAUGCUAAUGCACGAGGAUACGAGAAAAAAUCGAACCUGAGAAUUUUUAAAGUUCCCACGAAUCUGUAUUUCGCUACAGCUGAGAGAAUUAAAGCUCAAAUCUAUAAACACAUCACCAACCCAAACAAGAAAAUCACUGUUAACCCAAAAGCAACUGAUCAAACAGUCGAUGUAAAUAAUGAUGUCGUGGAAUCAAAAGAAGAAGUGAAUGGUGCUAUCACAUGUGUUGAUCUAGAAGCAGCAGCUGGAAUUAAAAGUGAAAAAGUCGAGACAGUUUUGAUUGACCUAUCCUCCGUCGAUUAUGUUGACAUGGCUGGCCUCGCGGUUCUGCAACAGGUGACUAACGUAUACAAGAAAAUGGGCAUCAACGUUUGCCUGGUAGGUUUGCAGAGUGGGGUUGCAAAUACUCUGGAAGCUGGUGACUUCUUUAAAACAUUCCAAAAAUCUGCCGUUUAUUAUGACGUGUUUGAUGCACUGGAGGCAAACAGGACAGAUGCUUAUAGUGAUGUCCUGAAUGUCCACAUGUAAUGAGGUUUUUCACAACUGAACCUGAACGUUAAUGAUGUUUAAUUGCUGUUUUCUUAUACAUGUACAUGUAUUCUUUAAACAUUGUCUAAAGAUUGUGCUCAUGCAUAUUAUACUUGAUUCAUUCUAUUUUUGCAUAAUAAAGUAAUUACAGCAAUAUUUAUAAUUAUGGGUCCUUAACUACAUUUCUUUUAUUAUAAAUGCAAUUUAACCUAUAGUUGAUGUCAAAGUACUUAAACAGAUCAUAUUAUUGAGGUGGUGUACAUCUAAAACAAUUAUACUGUAUGCAUUUUGUAACUUAGUUAGUGAGUCACAUAGUGAUAUAUGGAGUCGAUGUAUGUAUGCAUUGAUGUCGAACUUCGAUUAACUGGGAACAAAUUAUCAAUGAAUGUGAUUAACAAGUUGACGAAUGUAUUAACAUUUGCAUAUUUAAUAGAACAUUUUUGUUUGGAUAUUAAGAUAUAAUGUUAUUAAAUACCCUUUAUUUUGCGACUAGAUACACCUGUACACAAAACAUUUACUCUGCAAAACGAUGACUGCAAUUUGCCACAUUUAAAUAUACACAUAGUUAUAAAUUAAAAUGAAACGUUCAGUGAAGUUGUUUGAAUAACAAAUGUUAUCAAAGUCAUACUUCAUUUAAACAUGUUUAUUAGAUAAAUCGACAAUAUCAUAAAUGGUCCCACCCGCACUUUCUAAAACGGUUUCCGACUUUACAGCGAAUGGUCCUCAUUUGUUUACUCUAUUUCCCGUCAUAUUUACAUGAAAGCCACAGAGCACCAAACA